AUGUCAUCCGCGGCGGUCCUCGGCAUAGGCUUCGCGGCGACCGCGUUAACCGCUCGACAACUCAUCCUCGCCGGCGAAGCCUGGAUGCUCGCACCACCAAAAUUGAAGCAAUUUUACAAAGGUGGAUUCGACGACCAGAUGAGUCGACGAGAAGCGGCGUUGAUUUUAGGGAUACGAGAAUCCGCCGCGAAGAAUAAAGUGAUGGAAGCGCACAGGAAAGUGAUGAUGGCGAACCAUCCAGACGCGGGAGGGAGCCCGUUCGUGAGCACGAAAGUGAACGAGGCGAAAGAAGUUUUGCUCGGGAAGAAGAGUAAAUCCUUUUGA